AUGGUGCUUCUACGCCACACAGCCAAGCAUGGCGAGCAGGCCGGAGCCGGCUACUUCCCCGAAGCCGCUGAAGCACUCUCCGAUGGUUCCUCCGUGCAAUCUGUGCAGGUCGAGGUGAUUGCAGCCGCAGAUUUAUCCAUGGGCUCCAAGUCACUUCCCGUGCCGUAUUGCGCCCUCGCCACAGGAUAUCGAGGUCAACCUUGGGCAGCUAAAGCCGCUGGAAAAGCAGAGUGUAUCACCCCCCCUGCACUUCGCCAAAGGAACCCUCGCUGGAAUGCGCUUUGCAAGCUCCGACUCCCAAAAGCUUAUGUGUCACCUUCUCGCGUGGAGUUCAGCAAAGACGAGGCUGCGCCACAGGAGGUGGAGCUUUCUGUGCGAGUCAUGGAUGCGGGAGGCCUGCGAGGUGACAGGAUGGCCGGAGAGGCCCGUAUUCCCCUGAGCGGCAGCUGCGGCGCCGGGACCUUUCGCCUUUUGGGUGGAGGCUAUGCUAGCCUCUCCGUCCGCUGGUCGUGUCCCAGUGAGUUUAGAGAGGAGGAGGAAGAGUUGGAGACAUUCAGGGCAAAAUCGUUCGAAGAGGCCGUGCAGUUCUGGUCAAAGCAGGACUUGGCCACGUGUGCAGGAAUUGCACGGGCUCAAAGGGAAUUCCAGGCAAAGCUUCAGACAGCCCCGGAUUGGUGCAACGAGCUCUUGCUCCAGACGCCUUUGUCAUUGCUCUUGUCUGACACUGACGGAGCAGAUGGGGCGCCCUCCCAGCUGUACUCAGGCAGCCAGGCACUCCUUCGAGUCCUAUCUGAACAUUUGCAGUCGCACAAUCUCUCCGCACUGGCCAGCAGCCGGCUCAUAGGCGCUCUCGUGGAGAAGCUCUCGAUUCCUCGUGGUCCGGGCGGUCUGGGGCCAGGUCCGGAUGGUUUGGACCCCGAGGCUGCAGAACACCUCGCUGUACAAGAGGCCAUCUUAUGUAAGAUCUUCCUUCGAACCGAGGGCAAGGAGCUUCUGGAGCUGAAGCGUCUAGUCGAUGCUGCUGGCGGCGGCCGCGACCUUCGCCACACCAUCUACUCGGUGAUAUCAGACCAGGUCAGGCGAGAGUCGCUACUUCAGCACUUUGUUGAUCAAGUUGCGGAUCUGAACUGCUUGCCGGUGCACAUCUUGUCUGACAUUGACAUGACGGUUUGGGUUGGAACGUUUGGAGCAGGUGGACCAAAGUUUCCAGCUGGUCCAGUCCCUGGUGCGCUUCCGCUAUUCACUGCCUUGGGUGGGCGCGUGACUUUCCUCUCAGCAAGACCACCGAUCUGGGAGGGCCAGACAAGGCGGUUGUUGGUCGACGACAUCGGCAUCGCGGAGGCAGUGGUGCUGCCCGGUUCCCUGAAGGCCGUUGCCCAGGUGCUCUUUGCGCCAGAGCAGGCUCGGCAAGCCAUGGCGGAACGCAAGACGGAGGUCUUCGGGCAGUUCGCCACACUGCAUCCCGAAGCCCUCUUCGUCUUUAUCGGGGACAGCGGUGAGGGGGAUGUCGACUUCGCCGAGGAGUUCAUGGCAGUUGAAUGGGCAGAAAGGGCUGGCGGGUGCGGCGGGCUCCCUGCACGCCGAGCAGCUCUGAUCCAUGACGUGGUGAGGUCCGAUGGUGUUGUGCCGAAAAGCUCUAAUGAACGCAGAGCAGAUCUUCACCUACGCGGCAUCCAUGUCUUUGACACCUAUGCAGGUGCUGCCCUGGAGCUUUUUCGUCAGGGCUUGUUGGACAUGGAGGGGCUCCGUUGUGCUACGCACGGUUGCCUGGAGGAGUUUGCAGAGAUCAACCCAGAUGAAUUUGCCUCUGUAGAGGUCUUUGAGACUCGUCGCAUGGAGCUGCUGCGCGAUGUCAGAGAGGUUAACGCAGCCCUUCGCAUAGCCGGUUCAGCUGCCACCACUGCCCCACUUCACACAGCCGGAACGGAAGAGAAAGAAGAUAAAGAAGGAGGCAGUUUCGAGGAGGAGAAGGUCAUUUCUACGUCGGUCAAUGUUGAAGUUGUGCAGCAUGGAGAUCUUCAGCAGCCACCAGACGUUGUGGAGGAGAUGCCUGCCUCAACUUCCGAAGCUCACGACGCCGCCUAG